AUGCGCGUUGCUUCUCUUUACUAUUUAGCGGCUCUAGCGGGCACGACCUCCGCGAUAUCCGGCAGCGGUUGUGGGAAAGGCAUUCCCGACGCUUUCCCUAGUCCCGGCGAGAGCAAGAACCUCAAACUCCCCGACAGCGACCGCAAAUACCGACUCCAUAUCCCCGAUACCUACAAGAAUGAUACAAAGACGGCGGUAUACUUUUCCUUCUCUGGCGCUUCUCGCGGCGGAGAAGAGCAAGAGAAAUUAUCUCAGUUCUCGAACCCAGAGUUCAAUCCAGAUGGCAUUGCUGUUUACCCAGACACCGAGAACGGCGUCUGGCUAUCCAACUCCAAUGCCAAUAUCUCCCAUCCGAACGAUCUCGACUUCACUAACGACCUUCUGACACAUCUGGAAGAGAAUUUGUGCAUUGAUCCAGGCCGCAUAUACGCGAACGGCAAAUCAAACGGCGGAGAAUUUGCUGCUGUCAUCGCCUGCAAUGCCACGGUCGGAAGUCGCUUUGCCGCAUUUUCAGUUGUUAGCGGUGCCUGGCACGAGACGGGUAGUGUCCCAGGCUUGCAAGCUUGCGAGCCUGCGAUGCGUGAAGAAGGGUAUCCCUUUUUAUUCUUCCACGGGACGGUGGAUCAGACCGCGCCAAUUAAUGGAGACGUGGAGGACGAAAUUGUGCCUAUGAUUGAUGUCUUGCAGGACUGGGCGGAACGAAACGGAUGUCCUGAAGAUGCGAAGUGGGCGAGAAACGUGACUGUUCAUGAACACCCGACUGUCAAGCAUGCUGGUUGGGAUUGUGAUGGAAAGAAGAACAUUGUUCAGUUCUAUCGGGAAGGAGAUAAUGGUCACUGUUGGCCUUCCACGCACUCCAACGAUGAUUAUGAGACGCUUGGCAGGGAGAAAUGUCCCGGGGGGCACUAUGUCUUCAAUGCGACAGCGACGAUUUUCGAUUUCUACAGCCAAUAUCGCUUGGAUCUUUGA